AUUCAGUCAUGGAUUGACAGUGUGGAUCCUUUGCGAGUUUCAAUGGGCUUGAGAAUGAAAGAGAAAUAUGACAAGUAUUGGGGAGUUUGGAAUGAGCCACAACCACAACCAGAGAAGGAUAGAGGGAAAGGAAAGGGUAAGGAAAAGGAUAACAUUAAUCUAUUGAUUUUUGUGGCUGCAUUUCUUGAUCCAAGAUACAAGUUAUCUUUGUACCAUAAGAUUACCAUUGAAGAGAUCUUUGGUGAGGACAGAGGACAACUAGUAUGGUCUGCUAUUAAGACAUGUAUCCGAGAACUGUUUAAAGAAUAUAGAAAUAUUUAUGCACCAAUUGAAGAAACAACAGAUGAAACAGAUUCAACUCAAGCAAAAGGUGCUCCAGGAGGGAAGCUUAAACAAGUUAUUGCCAAGAAAAUGAAGCUGACUAAUAGUAGUAACAACACUACUAAAUCAGAACUUGACAAAUAUCUAUCUGAAGAUUGUGAAGACACAGAGAAAAAGAUCGAUGUUCUCAUUUGGUGGAAGGACAAUGCACAUAGAUUGCCGGUUUUGGCUCACAUGGCCCAAGAUAUCCUUGCUAUACCAAUAUCAACAGUAGCUUCAGAGUCCGUUUUCAGCACAAGUGGGCGUAUCUUGGAUGAUUUCCGUACUUCCCUUACUCCUUUCAUGUUGGAGGCCCUUGUAUGUACCCAAGAUUGGCUAAGAAGGUCUACUCCCAUUAACAUAGAAGAGAAUAUCGAGGAAUUGACUAUUAUAGAAAAAGAGCUAAUUGAAGAAUUUGGUAAUGGUGGCAAAGGAAAAAGAACCGAGGCUACUUCCACUUCCAAGUCUCCAGCAACACAUGAAAUGGCAGGAUAAGCCUUAUAUUCCUUGGCUGUGUGGAACUGUGGAUGGACUGGGUGGUGUACUGGUGUGGAUGGAGUAUGGACGUGUUGUGGGCUGAAGGCUGAAGCUGAAUGGUGGCUGCUGCCUGCUGGUGGGCGCCUGGGCGGUGGCUGCCUGCUGGCUGGUGCAGACGUGCAGUGCAGGCGUGCUGGCUGGGCGUGGCCUGGAGCCCUGGAGUCCUGGACAAUGUGCUUGACUGCUUGCUGGCUGGUCGCUGGUGCAAGCAUGUGAGAUGUGACUGUGUUUGUAGUGGCUGUGAUUGUGUGAUUGUAGUGUAGACUUGUAGUGGCUGCCUGGCUGGUUCCUGUUUUUUAAUUUACUAUUGACUAUUGUGGCUGUGUCUGUGUGACUAUUGUGGCUGUUUUUUAAUUUGUUAUUGUGGACUAGAGCAACUUAUUUGUGCGGUGGACUAGAGCAACUUAUUUGUGUGACUAUUUGUGCUGUUUUUUAAA